UAGCCGUUAAGACCCUUCCCUUCAGUUCCCUAAUAAGUCCUAAGGUAAGAAAAGCUUUGAACAGAACGGCAGUUUCUCUUUCUCACUGGCUACAACAUGUCAAAAGAAAAUAAUGGACAUUGGCGUUCCAAGGUGUUUUCCCCGACGAGCCUCUUGCUCUCUUGGAAUGACUAAUAUUGUCCCAGAAUAUUUUUCAAGUUAUUUGUAUUCAUAUUACAGGGCAAGUUGCAGAUUUUCUGCCUCUGCUUCUGCUGUAUCAGUAGAAAAUGUUUCCACUGCUCCUUUUGAAGACUUCUCUGUUACAACCACUACUACCUCUAAGGCUACAGAGCUAGAGAUAAAAGUAGAUGUAUAUGGAGCCAAAACACAAGCUAUAUUUGACAAUGUUUUCUCCGAGAUGGUUUCUGCAGCACAGCCUAUUCCUGGCUUCCGAAGAGUAAAAGGAGGAAAAACUCCCAAUAUUCCCAAUGAUGUCCUCCUUCACAUACUCGGACAUUCAAAAGUAUACAUGGAAGUAAUCAAGAAAAUAAUCAAUUCGACUGUUGCUGAUUAUGUAGAAAAGGAAGGUUUGAAAGUCACAAGUGAUUUGAGAGUUAAUCAGAGCUUCGAAGAGCUUGAAUCUACAUUUGAACCUGGUGAAGCAUUCAGCUUUGACGCUGUAAUUCAGCUUCAAGGUGCAAGUUUAUAAAGUUCAUACUAGUGAGGAUUCAUCUAAUCAAAUUCUUUCAUGGAAAGUUACAUUACUUCAUUCAGUAACUUUGUAUGUUUUUCAGGGAAGUAAUUGUUGACAGGGAUGAGACAACCUAAUGCAGUGAAUCCUUGAUGCUUAAAGUCCUGAUUUCAUUAUGUUGGUUGAUCUCAUAAUUUGGGUCACAGUAUUUGAGGUUUUUGAACUUGGAAGGUUUGCGAUUUGUUAGGGGUUGGAUUCUAAAUUUUAAUUUAGAUGACUUGUCCA